UUAAAUGAAGAAGGGAAAGAUUGGCCGGCCGUACUUAUAUCAGGUUCAUUUCCAGUCCCAAGCAGCUCGCAAGCAACCACUCAACAUGCUAUCUAUCCGUACUAAACGACGAAUCCAUCCUAGAACGAUAGUAAAAUCCCCAUCUCACACUAGGGUAGCAGCGACAUCUUUCCUCGGGCUCAUCCCAACAGACCCUAUCAUGAAUAUUGGAUCAAAUCCCCACUUAAUCUGGAGCAAUCGCGCAUAGUUCUCAUUUCCCCAGAAUGACCGUAUUUCGAUAAACCCCUGCAUCUGGCGUAAACUCACGCAGCGGAUCCAUAAUAUUUGUGAGGUGAGGUCUUUCCCCAAAUAUCUCGAACCAAGACCGGGUCAGUAGUUGCACCGGGAUACUACUGUCGCGAGAGGAUAAUCAUGCGGCCGAGUUUCACUGUCCAUCUGCAGCUUGCUCUUCCUGUCGUGGGGAUUCCCUGGAGAAUAGAUACAAGCUCGUUCUGUUUCUCCUCGUCCAGGAACGAGUCACUGCGAAUGAUGCGGGAAGAGAAACUCAGGCGGCGCUCGAAGGGAUCUGAGCUUCUUCAGGAUAUGGAUACCCUUUCGAUAGUUCGAUUGGAAGCUGGAUAUGAUGUGCCCUUGGAGAUGAGACGAGUGAGUCACAAAGAGUAAGUAGUCCAAGUUGGUGAAUAAAGAAAACCAUGAACAAAAAUAAAGUAAUAACUCCCCAUAAUGCAAAAUAAGUCCGGGUCUAAACUUCGACCCGAAUAGUCCUAAUCUGUCCUUUUCGUUAGCAGUCGGCGAUUGUUUUGUUUUGCACUUCCUCCACGCUCGGGGUAUCGACAUACU